AGUAGUAGUAGUAAUAAUCCGGAUAGUACCACUCCAUACCACUAGGAAGCGGAAAUACACCAAUUCGUUGUUUGCCAACCGCCAUGGACCCUUAGAGAAAACACGAAGAAGAAAACGAGGUCGCUAUUUUCACUGUUUAACUGCGCAGCAGCUUCUGAGUCUCCCCUUCGACGGUUGGCUAUCGGUUAUUCACUUGCUCCUAAAGAUGGUCAGACCACACUUUGGACCACCACGCUUAAAGCCCAGACCUUAUGGAGAUGGUCAUGGCAAUGGACCGAAUGAAGGUAAUUACAACACCAACUCCAAAAAUCGAAGAGAUGUCCAGGGCUACCAAGGAAACUGGAGAGACUCCAGGGGAAGAGGACGACCCCCAGUUACUGGAAGAGUCCCCCUGAUGAGAGAGCAAAGGGAGCCACGUUUUAAUAAUUGGAGGUCUCAGAAUCAGGAUUCCUUUCAGUCAUACUCCCCCAAAAUGGAACCACAUCACAGCCAGAGGAGGCCUUCUCCAUCUAGGCCAAACCGCUCCCCGCAUGCCCCGCAUCAGUCCGCAUCUCGUGGUCCCCCACAAGGACCUCCGAGUCAAAGGGGCCCACCUUUCCACGGCCACCCCUCAGGUCACAGGUCGCCCUCCCCGAGACAUUUUCGCAACCACCCAGCCGACAGGAGACCCAACUCUGCACCAGCCUUUCAGGGGUCUUUCAGAGGCCACAAAAGGCAGUCAGGUUUUCAGCAUCAGGAGCAGCGGAACCGAGACCCCCGUGAGAAUUACAGUCCCCGAGAAAGACCCCAUGAGCACUCAGGUCAUGGCAUGAAGCGCUGGAAUGAGGCUGGAGCCUUCUCUCAUCCUCACAAUGGAGAACAUGGGCACUCUGGAUCACAGAGGAGCCCCAGAGAGAUGCAUGGGAGAGGCCCUUGUCCAGAGAGGUGGUCAUCUGAGCAAGAUUCCAGACGGCAGCGUGGCCCAGUGGAGAGGCAGGGGAGCAGGUCCCACAGCAGAGAAAGGGCACAGGAUGGCCCUCACCCACCCCCUUUCAGACCCCCUUCAUGGAAAGGAGGCCCACCACCCUCAUCCUCCUUUCACAGGAGCCCUCAGGAGAGGCAAGCGACGGGACCCCGCAAGAGGAGAAUAUCUGACAUCAGCAUGCCCCCCUCAAAUCCUGCAAUGGAUCGUGGCAAUCCGAAACAACCCAGGAGAGACAGGCCUCAGCUGCUCAGUAUUCCCAGGCCGUUUGGUGGUAGACCUUUGUCUCUUAGGGAUAAAGGUUUCCUGGUUAAGACCAGACAAAUCAAAGCAGAGGCUCUCAUGAGGCUCAGGAUCCCUCCACAUGUGAGACCCAGGCCUCGCCCAGGCGACCGUGCCCCGCAGGGAAACAUGAACUCUGUUUUUGCCAUCAGGAAGAGACGUUUCCAAUCAAAUGCAGUCCCCCUAAAAAGGCCAGACAUGCGGAGGGCGAGACCACAACAGUCGCCUCCCAGAGAAGAAAGCAAUGUCAGGGGGUCUUCACGAGACUCCGAAACAAGCAAAGAACAGGUGGAGUCUCGCCGGUCCCUGAACACUCACAGAUCCUCUCCCAUUGAGAAACGUGACCUUGUGGUUUUGUCUCACUGGCCACCUGGUCCGAGCUCAUCUAAGGAUGGCUCACCCCCAAAAUCUUGCAGCCCAAAACCAAAGAACGAAGCCUCUCCUAACAGCAGACUGUCCAAGAUGAAUGAGUCGGAUGAGCAGGACUCCCGUAAACGAGGAUAUUUGGAUAAGAGAACGUUUAGACCAUUUAAUAUGAUGCAUGACGGCAACAGACCUGGGAGGCCCUUCAGGAGACCUGGACCUGGAUCCGGACCCGGACCUGGACCUGGACCUAUGCAGAGACCAAAGUUCCCUGGUGGUUUCAGGAAACCGGGUCCGGAUCUGUCUGGGAAUUUCAGAAGACCACUCAUGGAGAGCCUAGUCCCACGCCCUUUCCCAAAUCAGAGGCCAGUGUUCAGAAAAAGUCAAAGCAUCAUGUCUAAGUACCGUACCAUGAGAGUGAUGCGUCAGCGUGCACCAUAUAACAGAGGGCCUGACCAACAACGCUGGUGAUAUACACAGGUCCCACUUUUUACAGACACAGCCCUGGAUUAAAACCUGAAGAAUCUCAUGAAGAUCAUCUCUGUUGUAUGGACUGCACAAACCUUUCCCUCUCAGUACAACCCUAACCUGCCUGUAUAUUGUCAGUGUUGUUGCUUUCAUUUGUUCUCUGAUAAUGUUUUAGUUAACGAUUAAAAAUAUUCGUAACAUACGCCAUUAAGACAAAUGCUCCUGUUUUCUUCAAGUGUAUAUUAAUCCGGGAAUUGCUGCUUGUGGACUUGACAGUCUGCGUUUCUAAAACAGUUUUAUUAUUUUUGUUUACCUGCAGCUAUCACUUUCAGGUUUUGUAAGGUCCCAGAUGUAUUUUAGGUCUCCCUCUUUGUAAAGACUUGCCACAUGAGACAUGCUCUUGGAUUAAUCAUGCGUGUUUUUGAUUCGAAGCUGCUGCUGCUGCUGCUGCUGCUUGUCAAAUGACAUUUGCUUGUAAAACUUGCAUAAUCAUAUUUUCAGUUUUGUUGGUUGAGAUUUGAAAUAAAAUACCACAAGCUUAAUUUCAA